UAUUUGAUUCUGAAACUUGAAAGACCUGCCAUAGUCCAGAGUAUCACAUUUGGCAAAUACGAGAAAACGCAUGUCUGCAACUUAAAGAAGUUUAAAGUCUUUGGUGGGAUGAAUGAGGAAAACAUGACAGAUCUCUUAUCCAGUGGCUUAAAGAAUGAUUAUAACAAAGAAACAUUCACCUUGAAGCAUAAAAUUGAUGAACAGAUGUUCCCCUGUCGAUUCAUUAAGAUAGUUCCACUCUUAUCCUGGGGACCUAGCUUCAAUUUUAGUAUCUGGUAUGUUGAACUUAAUGGCAUUGAUGAUCCAGAUGUGGUCCAACCGUGCCUCAACUGGUACAGCAAGUACCGCGAACAGGAAGCCAUUCGCCUUUGCCUAAAGCAUUUUCGUCAGCACAACUACACCGAAGCUUUUGAGUCGCUGCAGAAGAAAACAAAGAUUGCUCUGGAGCACCCCAUGUUGACAGACCUUCAUGACAAACUGGUAUUGAAGGGGGACUUCGAUGCUUGUGAAGAACUGAUAGAAAAAGCUGUGAAUGAUGGCUUAUUCAAUCAGUAUAUCAGUCAACAAGAAUACAAACCUCGCUGGGGACAGAUCAUCCCCAAAAGCACCAAAGGUGAUGGGGAAGACAGCCGACCAGGGAUGAGGGGUGGCCAUCAGAUGGUUAUUGAUGUUCAGACAGAAACUGUUUAUUUGUUUGGUGGCUGGGAUGGAACUCAGGAUUUGGCUGACUUCUGGGCCUACAGUGUGAAGGAAAACCAGUGGACUUGCAUAUCCAGGGAUACCGAGAAAGAGAGUGGUCCCAGUGCCAGAUCUUGUCACAAGAUGUGCAUUGACAUUCAACGAAGGCAGAUCUACACGCUGGGACGCUAUCUGGAUUCCUCUGUGAGGAACAGCAAAUCUCUGAAAAGUGACUUCUAUCGCUACGACAUUGACACAAACACAUGGAUGUUACUAAGUGAAGACACUGCAGCAGAUGGAGGUCCAAAGCUGGUGUUUGAUCAUCAGAUGUGUAUGGAUUCUGAAAAACACAUGAUAUAUACCUUUGGAGGCCGAAUCCUGACCUGCAAUGGCAGCGUUGAUGACAGCAGAGCCAGUGAACCCCAGUUCAGUGGAUUGUUUGCUUUUGACUGCCAGUGUCAAGCGUGGAAACUUUUGAGAGAGGAUUCCUGUAAUGCUGGACCUGAGGAUAUCCAGUCCCGAAUAGGACACUGUAUGUUGUUCCAUUCUAAAAAUCGCUGCUUAUAUGUAUUUGGUGGCCAGAGAUCGAAGACUUAUUUGAAUGACUUCUUCAGUUAUGAUGUGGACAGUGAUCACGUGGAUAUCAUAUCAGAUGGCACUAAGAAAGAUUCAGGGAUGGUUCCAAUGACAGGCUUCACUCAAAGGGCUACCAUUGAUCCAGAACUGAAUGAAAUCCAUGUCUUGUCAGGGCUCAGUAAAGACAAGGAGAAGCGUGAAGAGAACGUAAGGAAUUCCUUCUGGAUUUAUGACAUUGUGAGGAACAGCUGGUCUUGUGUCUAUAAGAAUGACCAAGCAGCAAAAGAGAAUCCAGGUAAAAGCCUUCAGGAAGAGGAGCCCUGCCCAAGGUUUGCCCAUCAACUGGUGUACGAUGAGUUGCACAAGGUUCAUUACUUAUUUGGAGGGAAUCCUGGUAAAUCCUGUUCUCCAAAGAUGAGAUUAGAUGAUUUCUGGUCUCUGAAGCUCUGUCGACCUUCAAAGGAAUACCUGUUAAGACACUGCAAAUACCUCAUAAGAAAGCACAGAUUUGAAGAAAAAGCUCAGACUGACCCUCUUAGUGCACUGAAGUAUCUGCAGAAUGAUUUGUAUGUAACUGUGGAUCACUCGGACCCCGAGGAGACAAAAGAGUUUGAGCUUCUUGCCUCAGCAUUAUUUAAGUCUGGCUCGGAUUUCACGACUCUUGGAUUUUCAGAUGUUGACCACACGUACGCGCAGAGAACUCAGCUGUUUGAUACACUAGUUAACUUCUUUCCAGACAACAUGACCCCUCCUAAAGGCAACCUGGUGGACCUCAUCACGCUGUAAUGGAGCAAUCACUGGACAUAUGGAAGAGGGGGAAAAGCAUCCAUUUUCAGUAUUUUAAUUUUUUUACUGCAUUGAUUGACUGCUGGGAUGAAGUAAUAUAGUAACCCCUAGGUGUUUGAAAGGGGUUUUAUACUUGUAUGGUGAAUCCCUGAAGCUUUUCCCUUGGAGUAGGUUAAUAAAAUGUAACUGACGUACUUCUGACUAAAUAUAUAUAUUUUUUCUGACUUUGGAUUUGGAGUUGGCAAAUGUAAGAUGAAAAGGUGGGGGAAAGAAAAACAGAAAAACCCAACAAAACCCAAUCAUGCAGUAAUUUUUUUUGCCAGUAGGGGAAAAUUGAGAUUUGUGGGUUGUCUGGAAUUAAAGAUUAAUGGGUUUUAUUUUGGGUUUUGUGAGAGGGGAGGGGGGGAGGCUGUUCUUUACUCAUUUGUAGCUAGUCAUGGUAUAUUGCUUUACCCUACAACUCCAUCCUCAACAGCUGAAUAACUUGGUGGCAGGACACUGGCACGCGUUGAGGUAAUAGUGAUGUGUGUGUCUUGAGUCUCGUAAUCGCAGUGUGUCAUGUGAAGGGGAGCACGUGUUACAUAUUAUCUGUCUCCUUGCCCCAGAAUCGGGCUGACAGUCGUGUCUAAUUGCAUCUGAUACCUGAUCUAAACCUGAAUACAUACACGCCUGUCUUCUGCUCUCUGGAGCCUUCCACUUAAACCUGACGGGUAAGUGGGAACCUCGGAGAAACCACUGGAAAACGGGAGUGCAGUCGUCAUCUGCACAGGCCCCUUUUCAGGGAUUAUUCUGUUUUCACUGCUGUGCUCUUCCAAUGAGAAACCAUGCAGGUCGUCUCAACUGGGUCUUCCACCGCACACACACCCAACCUCUGCAACCCGAUUCUGGGUUGGGUAUAGGAUUUCUGAAGCAGAUUGUCUUCGUUUACAUGCGCCUGUGCUUCUGUGUGCGUUUGUCAAUGUGUAAAUGUAAAGAGGAUUGCUCCGAACAGCUUGUCUCCUUCCUAUGUAGUGCAGCUCUCAUUCACUUUUAAAUGCAUUUUAGACCUAGAUCUGAAUGUGAGGGAGGCCUUUUUAGCAUAAAUCUCUUUGAAAGCAAGCUGAUGCAUAUGUAUACAAAAUAUAUUCUUCCUUGCUGAAAGCCUUCUUUAUAAAUAAGGUAAGGGCUUGGUGCUGCGCUGUGAAGCGGAAUGAAGGAUACGCAUACCCAGCAUUAGAAACUUCUCGCAUUUGGUGUCAGUGAGCGUUCAGUACAAACUGGCAGAUGUAAAUAUUUAUAUGACACUGCAAAGCUUUAUGUCCAGAAAUGUUCAUGCCGGUAGGGUAGCAUUGCUGCACCCACUGUGGCUACACGACUCCUAUUGAACUUGAUGGAAGUCUUGUGUGUGCAAAGAUGAUUUGGACUCUUGAAAUAAAGAGUUAGUGAAGUCUCUUUUUUUCAGAGCUCAAGUGUCUGCUUGCUUUGAUUGCAUUGUAUUGCCUCUUUAUCAUGUUCUUUGUGUGACUUUUGUAGUCCUGGUACGUUAGAAAUAAAUUUAAAAACUCAUACUAGUGUUUAAUCACUUAGAAAGGAACAAUAUGUUAGAGGCUGGGCUUUGCUUUGUCUUCAGGGAGGACUCUACAAAUACAGUGUUUUUAAGUAACCUGUAACUGGAGAUUGUUUGGACAUUGUAUACUUUGGUGGAUGGCAAAUCAGAUGUCUGUGGAAGAAUCCACUCGGUACCUAGUGCAGUAAAUGAAAUCUGAUUAAAUUGUUUCUUUAAAACAUUGCAACUUUUUUUCUUCCAGCGACAUGGAAAGUUUUAUGUCGCUGAGAGGCUUUACGGUGGGCUACCUUUGACGCUUUGUGGACUAGUUAAAAUAGAGCUUAUAUGGUCUGAAUGUUGAUACUGGCGGUGCUAUACGGGUGGAUUAUUCCAGUUGAGGCGUUGCUUCCAUUGAGAUUGAACUGAGCACUUUCAAUGCAACCAGCCCAAAUGCUGCAGCCCUCUAGUACUUAAAAUUUUACUGCUGUUGUGCUCCCUUAUCAUUGAUCUCAUUGCCUGUCUAUUCUCCAACUUCAGUCAGAAGAUUAAUUGCUUCUCGUGACAGUUUUCUAAUCAACCAAGCUCUUCAUAAAUUUUUAUGCGUACACCUUUGACUACGUGUGAGGCUGAACGCAAAAGAUACAACCAGACUGAGGAGCCGCCGCGAACAGACAGCAGAAGUUUAGGAAUGCCAGAAGCUCUGUGAAUGGUGUUGGUGAGCUGUGCGUCGUGUCAGGCUUGAUUUGUGUUAUAGGAAUUCGAUCAAAACUCAUUGUUCUCUGUGUCGGGGGUGCGUGCAAAGCCUGACAGCCUGGCUCAGUUUUUCGUAGCAUAGCGUGAAUGAACGAUUUGUGUGAGCGCGGUGAGCGUUGCUUCUGCAGGACUGACAUCCCAGCUAAUGAGAGCACUUCAGGAUGAUCAAAUAUUGACCUACCUUUAUCCUGAGCAGAUCGAUUUCAGCUCGCACGAGCGCAGUUUAUGGAUUACAGCUGGUGAUUAACCAGGAGAAACUGUGCUCAGCUUCGGAGUAUUUGUUGAGCAGCAGAGGCACCCUGUGGCCAGAGAGGUUAAUCCAAAGUGAAGGUUUCUUGUGCCUUUGCCAAGGGUCUUUCCUGGUUCUGUGUCCUCAAAGCUAGGAGUCAAAAUGAAGUGAUUUCUUUGUGUUGGUGUAUGCUACGCUACCUUGACUUCAAAACCGAUUAAAAAUUCUGAGCGGUGAAGCAUAAAUUCCCGUUCAAAAUAAGCCAGUUACUGACAGGCAGUUACAGGGAGAGUUUUAAUUUAAUUACAUGCAGAUCUUUAAAGAUACUGGUGAUAUUCCAGGAAAGCAUUAGAUGUGAUCAUUACAGAAAUAGUGAAGUACAAACUGAAAAGAAACCCACUUGAUCUGAAAACAGCCACCUGAAAAUGUUUCACAGCACAGUGCAUGCAAUGUACUAAAUAUGCAAGCUCUAGAUAUAUGAGAAGUCUUCAAACCUCACCCUUACAGCUUGCAGAGCAGAGACUGCUUUUUAGCUUAGACAAGACAAACGUACUAUAUUUACAUUCACCUUAUAAGGUGAAGGUGUGUGGAUUUAACACUGCAUAAUCUUUGCACUACAGUAGUUUUUCUCUAAAUUAUGUGUUAACUUGUAAAUAAAAUAUUGCAGAGGAAAAGCAUCAUUACUUGUCAGAGGGAUUCAUUAUGAUGACUGGGGUCUUUAAAGCCAAAAUCAAUCUUAAUUUUUUUUUUUUAAAGUCCUUUUGAGAUCCGUGGGUUUGGUUCUUCACUGACGCUGCCCUUCAGCAUAGUCGCGCUUCCAGUAUUAUUCAGUAGAUCAUCUCUUUGGAAAAUGUGCAGUCAUUCCUUACGCAAAGUUGAGCCUAUUGAGUGACGUAUUUUCCUAGAGAAAUAAAGCCCUUGACAUUUGAUUUUUGGUCACUUGAGUUAGGCAGAAUUGAGUGUCUUAAUGUUUGUCUUGUAUAGCCCCUUAGCAGGCAAUGAGGCAGAAGUCUUUGAGUUCUCCCAAAGCUACUUCUCCGAGCAAGUACUGCUCUCGCAGUGUUUUCAUGUGGCGGGUGGCAGAAGGACCUGCUUAGAUGAUAUUAUUAAAAAUGAGGAGACUAGCUACCUUCCUGCCUGUGGUUUUUUUGGUUUGUUUUGUUUUGUUUUUUGAGGAGCCCAUUAAUAUUGAUCCAGGGAAGACCUAAAGGGUGAUACAACGUGGCUGUUGAAAUUAGUUGUAUUUUGUCAUCUGGCUUGUUUAAAGAUAACAUUUAUGACUUAUUUAUUCUCUUAAUUUUGCGGAGUAUAAUGAGAAAGGAGAGCUAGGUCUUGUAAAAGUUUAGUUUAUACUUUCUCUGGACACCAUCUUGUACGUAUAGUUGUAAGUAGUCAUAUCCCGUUGUGUAAAUAAAUGUCUGGGAUUUGGAUCUGUUUGCCCAGGAUGGCUCGGUGAAUGCUGGGACAGGCUGGAGGUUCCUACCAGAACAUGAAUUAGCAAAAUCAUACUCUCAUUUUGGAAAAAAAUCAAUCUGUGAAGACCCAAUUUGAAAGGCUUUUCUAAGGCAUUUGCCUUGUGCCGUGGCAACUCUAGCGAAAUGAGAAAAUUUUCCUAAAGAGCGUAAUAAAGCUUCCCUUGAUGAAGAUUGUACUAGAGCGAGGGUGCAGUGACAGGCUUAAAUUAAAUUGCUGAAACUUUUUGGUCGCUGAUUAUAACAACCUAGUCUGAAAACUUAAUGGUUGAAGAGUCAGUAAGCAAAUUAUUUGGACCUACCUAUUUGCAGGAGAGCAGGCUCUUUGCAGUUAUGGGCUAGUGGCAAGGGACUGUGGUAGCUUCAUCUGCCUAUUUCUUUAAUCAGCAGCCACAAGUGUCAGGGUCUCCAUUAGCUGUUUCUUCUUCCAGAAGAGCCUCCUUCCAAAGCAGAGUAAUGACUCUGGAAGAGCGUUUUCCACAGGGCUUUGUGGAACAGCUGUUUUCUGAAUCAUUUUCCUGAUGUGUGCAAAUUUUUAGAAGGGGUUUUUCUUUGUCACAAAGUUGUACGCUGAUCUUGCCCUGCUGUGCGAACCUGCACUCGUGAGUGCCGCAGAUGAUGAGCGAUAAAUUCAGUGUUCUGAGAAACACUUGAAGCCUAUUUGCUGCUCUUACUGUAAGAAAGAUUAGCAUUAAUGCUGCUUGUUUCAAAUGCAGGAGGGUGGCAGGGACCUGUAAACGCUAAUACUGUUAAUUCUCUUGCUGCCUCCUGUAUUUCGGAAUUGAGAAGGAAAUAUUUUUGUAGAGCUUAUCGGGUGAAACUUUUAGUAUGAAUUAGCUCUGCGCAACUUUAAACUUGAAUGCUCCUACAUCUCUCUGUACAUGCAGUAAUUCUGUUGAUGUAAUGCUGUGCCACUUCUGGGGAAAACGGUGAAAAUUACUGGAUACGUCUCCAUUUGGUAUCUUUCUUUUUAGAAGUGGAAAAAUGUCUUGUGAAACCUUGAGUCCCAGUGUAUGCUUUGAAUUUUAGCUUAUUAGUUGCGGUUGGCUCGGGGUUAAGGAAUGUUUGGCUAUUGUCAAGUGAAGUCCUGACAGUAAAAGCGGUUCAUGUAUGUCUCUGGAAGUGCUUGUGUUGUUUUAUAGCUGUAGUUAUUACAGAAACAGAGGUGGGCCCAGUUUAAAAAACAAAACCAAAACACAAACAAAAAAAAAAAAACCCCACUCAAAUUAUUGCUGUUCUGAUGAGGGGGAAGAUUAUAGAAAAUCUGAAUGAGCUUGACCAAUUUGAAUUAAGUACACGUGGUAAUUUGGAGAUGGGUCUUAUUUUGUGAAAGAGUUUAAGAACAGCUAUAUGACUCGUUCUUGAUAUAAAUUGGUAGUAGUGUAUCAGCUGUAAAUAGUGUUGAAAUGUAAAUGUACUGUCAGAAGCUUGUUAGUGUAUCUAAACGCUUAUGGGUAUGGUAGACCCUAUCAUAUCCUGUCAUGGAAAAGGUUAUGCUGGAAAUUAUUCAAAUUCUGGUAAUGACUUGUAGGCAAAAUCCCUGUUUUACUGAAAGCCUCUUUUAUAAUGAAAAGUUGGAGUGGAAAAAGUAAGUUUACUGUACUGGAACCAUUAUAAUAGUACAAGGCUGAGCGCUUGGACAAAUUGACUCCAGAUGCUUUUAUCUGUAGGCAGUGGAUCCAAACGGCGGUUUCAGCGUGGAAGCCAGUUAAUGACCUGCUUAUUGCCGUUUGAGAGUCCCACAAGAAACCGUCAGGCUUGAUGCCAGAAGGUAUACUUUUGGCGUUCCUGGCGGAGGCCAGAGAACUGGACGGAGUUUUGGAUUAUCCACGUAUGCUUUGGUUAUAUAUGUACAGCUCUGAGGAGGACAGGGGUUGUGUGGGUUGUUUAUAACACCGGUUCUAUGGCUUAGGUUUAGAGCCCUGCAGGACAGCAUCUUCCCCAAACACAGACCCUAAAGGUAACACAUCGCUGCUGUCUCCUUUGCUUUCAUAUACGUGAACUCGAUCCGUUAGUGAUGAUCUCCAGCUAACUUGCUGUGAUCCAAAUUCAGUGCUCUGCUUCUGCGUACCUACAGCCACAGAUUUCCUUAAGCUGCUGUCAGUGUAUCACUUCGGUACCCAGGAAUCUUAAUUUAUACUUGGUGCAAAGGUACAUGUUGCCUUGGCUUCCAGCUGUUUGCUGUAACUCAGCACAGCUUUUACUGACGACCUGGAGACUGUAAGUAUUUGAGUGCUGUCAGAAGACACUUCAGCCCUUGUGUGGUAUUGCAGCUCAUUCCUGGGAAAGAGUGGCGGAAACGAAUAGCUCAAAACUGGCUCCAUCGAGUUAGAUUUUUGUUUUAGCUACUAAUUUGAAAGGAAAAUCUAUCACUGGCAUAUAUGCCGCCCAACGUGAUGAUCAAAGCGUGGUCCCUUGGGUACUCCUCCAUUUAUUCUGAGUUUUUUUUCUUACCCUGUGUGACUGUUCACUGCUAUGAAAAUGCUGUGCCUUCAGACUUCCCUAAGUUUAACGGAGUACUUGUUGAAGAAUUCAAGGUUAGAGCUGUGUGGUGGUUAUUGAGACAUCGGUUUCUCCAUGUCACAUCAUCACACUCUCGUUUCCUUUGCAAAACUCCUUACUGCUGCCUCUGAAACAGUCAGGGAGGAUCCUUGUGAUUUACGCUGAUCUCCCCAAGGGCUGUUCCUCCUGCGAGGUAAGGACGGGGAAGCGUGGGAGCUGAUUUCCCAGCAGCAGCACGGUGUGCUGUCAGCCUAGCAGUGCAGCACACACCUAUUUACUUGUGUCCCUCCGUGACCCCACGUUCAGCACUGUGGUAAGCUUUCCCUCCUGUCUCAGCAGGGUUUAUUUUGCCCGGCCCCAGGAGCGUGAUAGCUGUUUGACAGAAGAAAAAGGUGACGAUACCAACCCUCAAGUCGUCCUAGCUUUCUGCCACUUGCUUUCAUCAUCCCAAAUCUUUCAGCAGUGGAGGCAAACAGCUAGUAGUCGGGGCGUGGGGUUUAUUUCUGCAGCAUAGCAGGGCAGAGGGAAUGGGAAGAAAAAUAGGCUUGGGGAUAAUGUAGCGGUGGCUCAUGUGAGUAUGUGUUCAAGAUGUGGUCUGUCUUUUUUGGAAGGACUUUGAAGACUCUCUUAAGUAGAUUCUCUGUUUAGAGCUUAUUAUUUUAGGCGAGCUGGAUUCUCUGGCUCUCUUUCAAAUGGCAGUGAUGCAAUACUAGGAUCUUCUAGUCCUGGAGCUUCACCUCGAGCUUUGUCCCUCUCCACCCCAAAGACACCGGAGAGACUAAUACAAUUGUUUUUUUUUCUUCCCAGUCUCUCUGCAGCUAUUGUAAGGAAGCCAGCUGGGCUUAACUCUGUUCAAACAUACUGGAUGGAGACUGUGCAGCACAAUCAGCUAUCAGACCAGGUCUGGCAGUCUCAAGAGGCUGUUAAAACCUAAAAAUGUUCUGAGCUUUCUGAUGAAAGCUGCCAGUGAGAUUAAGGGAGAUUAGCUGCUUUUUAAUUAAUUUGAUGGUGGGGAGGUGAGACCACAACAGUGGCUCCAGUGGUUGCAGUUGUCUCCACAUCCCGAAUACCAGCUGACAGGUUUUUCUCCCCAGUGAUGAGAAAAUAGUUUAAAUAUCCCAACUUUGUAACUAGCCACCCAAGGGAUUCAAUCAAUUACGUUGUGUUUCACUAAAUAGAAAAGUGCUGCAGUGUGUGAACAGAGUCUGUUCAUUGAAGAACCCACUUUGAGGCUGAAAAGUGAUGUGUUGGUUGUUUUUUUUUGAGGUUUUGACAAAAAACUCAGCCUUUAAAAGGGGAGAAUGACUCUUACCAACCUGUGCAGUCAAUGAUUUCACUGCAGAUAGUCAGAUAGUUCCGUCUGAAGAGCAGCUGAUCCUUCUGCCUCUGCUUACCCUGCAGUACCAUGUGCUGUUCAGAAGGCGACAGCCUGUUUUCCUUCCCCAGGCAGGGUGGAGAACUCCUGUGCUGCAGAAGACUUUUAUCUACUCGUGGAGGAGAUAACUAUUGUGCCACUGACUUGUUUCCCCUCUCUUGUUUCUCUCUGCCGUGGCAAUUGGGAAGGCAGACUAACAGUGGAGGCUGAAUUUUGCCUUCAUCUCUCCCUCCUCAGUCCUGUCCUUCCUGGCCUCUCUCCCUCCCCUUGAUGUUUUGAUAUGCAAAACACUUGUCACUUCAGAAGCUGCUGGGCUGGGUAGUGGAAAAGAAAACAAACCCCUAGUUAUUAGUAGCUGUUACUAUUUACUGAAGCUGUAUUUUCUGCUGUGUCUUCCAGCGUACCCUCCUCCACAGCAGGAAAUGCGGGGAUGCUGGGGAGACUGUGAGCCAGAGAAAAGAACUUAAUUAUACAGACAAAUGUGUUUAUGGGAGUUCUGGAGGCCCAGAACCUCACCGGCCACUUUGCCUAGGGGCAGAAAAUUAAAGUCCGUUGGCUCAUUCUUAUUUGAUGGGAGAUGAUGUUCCCAUCCUUGUGGGCUGGGGGUGAUGUGUGUCUUGUACAUUUAGACGUUGAGAGGCAGUGUGUCUAAUUUUAGAAGUAUUGAGCCUUGGUAAGCGUUUUCCCUUCGAACGCUGUACUUUGAAACUGCUGAAAUAACCUCUCUUUUAGACGAGUUGGUAACGCAGACAGGAUCUGGGUGGCUUGGGGUUAAAUGCUGGUAAGCUGGUUGGCUAACCAUCACCUGGUUAGGGGGGCUUUUUCAAGCUGUUUCUCUGAGCUGUUGCCUCUACUUUUAUUGUAAUGCUAUACUGUGUGACGGUUGGUUUGUCUGGACCUCCAGUGUUCGUUAUCUUGUCUUCUCCACCCUCGUGUGGUCCCCAAAAGCUGGUUAUCCCUAUGUAGUGCUUGGAGUUGUGAGUGUCCAUGCCCCGUCCACAAUUUGGCCUUUUUUUUUUUUUUUUUUCCCCCGUUUUGGCAUCCAUCUCAAAGCAUUUGCACCUCUACAGCAAUCCCGCAGAUUCUGGUGUCUGUCCUGCAGUUGUCUCGGACGCCUGACCCCAGGAGAGCUGAACUGAGAGGCACAGACAGCCCUAGGCUGGGAAGGGGUGUCCGUGGGGUGAUGAAUGCUGUGAACUGCACACGUGUUUUAAUAGGCAAGUCAAAUACUGACUAGUCCUGUGUUGGAGCCCUUGGUGGUUACAGGCAUCAUUCCUGGACUCUGGUGAUUCCCCAUCCUGCCCUUUACUGGUAAAUGGAUGAUCUUUGUUCAGCCCGGAGUGUUAAUUUUCUUCCUUGGCAUAAAUCAUCUUUGGUAAUUUCUGGGUUGAUAUGUAAGCCCCAUGCUGUAUAUAACUGAAUGAGUGAUAUGAGAAUAUCUACAAAUGUAGUUAUGUUGUAUGUAAUGUACAUAAGGAGAGAAUGUAUUUUGUUCAUUUUUUUUUCUUAAUAAAAAUGUAUAUGCUAGCAA